AACCCGGGUCUGAAUAUAUAUAUAUAUAUAUAUAUUUAUGUCGUUGUGAUCUACAGGAGCCAGGAUGGACCAGCUGGACCUGCAGGCCGGGGACUCACCGUUAAGGGUCGAGGAAGUCGAGGCCCACCCUUCUCCAACAGGGUCAGACGUUCUCUCAACCCCUUCCUCUACAGAAACACUGAGUACGAUGUCUGGGUCAAGUCCAAGAGAGCUCAGCAGAAGCUGGAUUUCUGCAUCGCCGCUGGGAUGCAGUAUACAGUGGGAGACAAGUGCAAGGUUCGCCUUGACAACGGUGGGCGUUACUAUGGCGCCUACAUCCAGGAAGUGUCGCCUGACAACGGGCCCGUCACUGUCUUCAUAGAGGAACUGGGCAAGAAACACACUGUGUCCCUCUGGAACCUGCGUCCCCCCACAGAUGAUACGUUGUCCUGGAGCACGGUGGCCCGAGACGGAAAGAGACUGAACAACGGCUCUGCUCCAAACUCUGAUUGGGAGGGCAGGGGAAGAGGGAGGAAGUCAGGGAAGCCUUCAACGCCGUCGGCAACGCCGUCUGUCUCCCAGGCUAAAGGACCCUCCCAAAGUGGUGGGCGUGGUGUCCAGAAGCAGCACUCUUGGCCCCUGCAGGCCACCGUAGAGGAGGGAGGUGUCCGGAGCACCAACACCAGGAGACCCUCUUCCAGCUCCGUGUCAGAGGCAGCAUCAGUAGCAGCAGUAGCAGCAUUCGGUCUGUCAGAGGCCCAGCGUCAAGCCAAAGAGGAGGAGCAGAGGAACAUGGCCCUGCUGGAGAUGGAGCUACGGGAUGAGAGAAGCUUCCCUGCAUUGGGGGUGGUGUCUAAUGCCAGUGAGGUGAAGAAGAGGACAGGCAGAGGCAUGAGGAGAUCAACACUAGAGGAGGAGAGGAAGACCCCAUCACCUCCUACUCCUACCCUUCCUCCUACUCCUACCCUUCCUCCUACUCCUAACCUUCCUCCCACUCCUAACCUUCCUGCUACUCCUACCCUUCCUCCCACUCCUAACCUUCCUCCCACUCCUAACCUUCCUGCUACUCCUACCCUUCCUCCCACUCCUAACCUUCCUGCUACUCCUACCCUUCCUCCCACUCCUAACCUUCCUCUCACUCCUAACCUUCCUGCUACUCCUACCUUUCCUCCUAUUCCUACCCUUCCUGCUACUCCUACCCUUCCUCCCACUCCUACCCUUCCUAAUACUCCUACCCUUCCUAAUACUCCUACCCUUCCUGCUACUCCUACCCUUCCUGCUACUCCUACCCUUCCUCCAACCACCAUUCCUUCCAUCCCUAUCCAUGUCAACUCCUGGCCUAAAACAACUGCGGCUGUUCCGGUCGUCCCCAACCCUCACCUCGUCCCACCUGUGUCUGGGGUUUUAACUGCCCUACCUCUGGUGACCUCUGUGCCCGACACGGUGACCUCUGUGCCCGACACGGUGACCUCUGUGCCCGACACGGUGGACCAAUCCCCUCAGACAAUACAGACUGUCCCUCUCAACCCCCCCUCUCUGAAUCUCACCCACCCCUCCUCUCUUCCACAAUCUGGUCAACCCUAUCUACCCCAAUGUUCUCUCUCCCAGCCCCCCCUCUCCCUGGAUCCUCCAUCCGGUGAGGUCUCCUCAGCCUACACCCCAGCUUUAUCCCACAUCGGUGUUCCCCCCACUUCCUUCCUCCCCACCAACCACCCACCUCACCCCUCCAACCACCCUCCUCAUCCUUCCUCCCACCCUUCCCUUCCCCCUGGGCUCUCCCCAGCCCCCAUCCAGCCCCAGACUGUCACCCAGCCCCCCCUGUCGUUCCACCAGCUGGCUCAUCUCUACCAAGACCCCUUGUUCCCAGGGUUCCCUUUGUCUGACAGGGAAGAGAUCGUCCAGACUCCCCCUUAUUCUUAUAUCCACACGGGAGAGGACCUGCCACGAGAUGUCAACAUCCUGAGGUUUUUCUUCAACCUUGGUGUGAAGGCGUUCACCAACCCCAUGUGGCCCCCCCACUCUUACAUCCUCCCUCUUCACCAGGCCUACAGCAUGCAGCCCAAACUACCGUCCGUCUCCCUCCCCUCUUCCCACUGGUACCCCUCCCACCCCUCCACCGCGCCCCAGGAGGGGUACGGACACCCCCACGCUCAGUACCCCUCCCCCUUGGGUUUGGGUGGCCUCCAUCUGCAUGACAACCUCCAAUCGGCUGCAGAACCUCCCCAGCAUAUGGAGUUCAGAUACGGGCAGGAUGGUCGCUCCGCCCUGGGGUACCCUUCCAACCGCCACCUUCACCCUGCCUCAACCCAGCCCGUGCCGUUCCAGCCACGUAUGGCUGGCUCUCUACCCUGGUGUAGCAACGUUACCCCCGCGACCGAACGCCUACGCUGGGGUAUGCUCUGUACCCACACCCCUGACACAAUACUCUCCACAAGCACCCCAACCUGCACCUCCCAACCAGUACCCGACUGCACUCCAAUCCUCUACCCACACCUCUCAAGCUCACCCCUACACUCCAGCUCCAGCCGCCUCCCCUCCCUCCGUACCCCAGUACCAAUCAGCGUCUCUGGGGUACCCUCCCCCGAGGCUGCCCAGUGGGAACCAGACCCAAGGACCGCUGGAUCCUUGCCCCGCCAGUGGUGCCUCUUCCCUGGGUAUGAGGUCCAGCCACAGCCCCCUGGAGAACCAUAAUGCUAAUACUACCUCUGUUGUCAAUAUUACUACUGAUGCUGAUGCUGCUGCUACUACCUUGUCUAGUACUACUGCUUCCAACACAGAGAGAGCUUUACAGACUGUUCUUGCAGGCUUCGCAGACAGAGGACAGGGAGACAUGAAGACGGCUGGCACUCUGCUAGUGAACCAACCUCUUCCUCCUACUGAGCAGGUCACAUGGGUCCCCGAGGGUCACCUGAUAACAACAGUAAGUGCCCAGACCAUGUUCAAGGAUGUAUCCGUCGGCAUGGCAAUGCAGGGUGCGGGCGACGCCCCCAUGACCCAGAGCGGGGCGGAGUUUAACAUGAAAACGACCAAUGAGACGACGGGGGGGAGCUGGGGCGAGACUUCAUAUUUAGUGCCCCAGGCCCCAAGCGGCGUAACAUCAUUGGACCGAGACUGGGAGGGAGGGGAGUGGCUAGACCCUAAUGACCACACCCUCAGAAACGGAAAGAAGUUCUACAGUCGCUCCUUCAGAGGUGGAGGAGCGAGGGGAGGACACGAGGAGGGAGGAGCCAGAGGGUAUAGAGAGAACCGUUGGAGGGGGGAGAGACGGGGGGUAGGAGGUUACCGAGGAGUGGGGAAGAGAGAUAACAGGGAAAGUUUCCGGGAGCAAGACCGAGGGGACAGGAAGCAGGAAGGAAGAGGGGGUGACGCCUCCUCUAAAGGACAAAAUGUGAGGGGUCGGGGGAGGAGCUACCACUAUAAUCAACAGCAAUCCAAUGGCAGAGAGGCAGGCAACUCUAGUGGGAUGAGGAACCCCCCUUAUACAGAUUUGUGAGAUUUGAUUGGCUGACAGGGUUUUUUUUGGGGGGGGGGGGGGGGGGGGGUUGUUUAUAUUGUUGUUUUUUUCUGAUUUGGUCUUUUAAUCGUCUGGUUUGUGGGAUUAUAUAGCUGUCGUUGGACUCAUCUUUUAAAAAAGAAAAAAAAUCUGUCAAGUGUCUCCAUGUUAUUGUUGCUUUCUGGACUACCCCCCCCAUAGGGCCCUGGUCAAAAGUAGUGCACUACCCCCCCAUAGGGCCCUGGUCAAAAGUAGUGCACUACCCCCCCCAUAGGGCUCUGGUCAAAAGUAGUGCACUACCCCCCCCAUAGGGCCCUGGUCAAAAGUAGUGCACUACCCCCCCCAUAGGGCCCUGGUCAAAAGUAGUGCACUACCCCCCCCAUAGGGCCCUGGUCAAAAGUAGUGCACUACCCCCCCCAUAGGCCCUGGUCAAAAGUAGUGCACUACCCCCCCCCCCCCAUAGGGCCCUGGUCAAAAGUAGUGCACUACCCCCCCAUAGGGCCCUGGUCAAAAGUAGUGCACUACCCCCCCAUAGGGCCCUGGUCAAAAGUAGUGCACUACCCCCCCAUAGGGCCCUGGUCUAAAGUAGUGCACUAUAUAGGGAUUCGGGUAUCAUUUGGGAUACAGACUAUCUCCUCUGAAAGAUGUUAAUCCUGCACAGGUAGUUGAUGUUAUUCCAGAUAGAUGUUAUUCCACUUAGAUGUUAUUCCACUUAGAUGUUUGAAUUUUCAUUUAAUAAAAGUUUGCUGUAUUGUACUGA